AUGCAGUUUACAAAAAAACAAGUUUGGACUGUUGCAGAACAACUACGAAAAUUAAAACACAAAAACAUUGUUGAAUUUUAUGGCUACAGUUUGCGACCAACGGCACUUUGUUUUGAGAUUUGCAGCUUAAAAAUUCAUGAUACAAUUCUUUACUCCUUACGAGAUUUGUUGAGUUUAUUCAACGACAAUGAAUACUUAAACUUAAAUGAAAGAGUUAACUAUGUUAUACAAGCAUGUGAAGGGAUAACAUACCUUCAUGAAAAUAAUAUAAUCCAUCGCGACAUUAAACCCUCUAAUAUGUUAGUGAGUGGUCUAAUAGGAGAAAUAACAAUAAAAGUAUCUGAUUUUGGAGACAUGACAACUCUAAAAAAUACUGUCACAAGUAAUAAAACAACCUCAAAAGAGUACUUAAAGGAAUAUGCAGGUUUGACUUUAGGGUACAUGGCUCCAGAAAUAGCAAAAAAAACAAGUAACUCACUUAACACAUGGACAGAUAUAUAUGCUAUGGCAAUUUCAUCUUUUGAAAUUUUUUCUAAUUUACAAUUUCCAUUGGAAAAAAAAUUUCCAUUACCAAAUGAUGCCAUUCUCCUUGAUGCUCUAAAAAAUGAUGAAAGACCUUAUCUUCAAACAUCAAAAAACCUGUACAAAAACGAUGAAAUCGAUGAAAUAGUUAGAUUAAUCGAAUUAUGUUGGAAAUCUAUCCCAGAGGAAAGAUUGACAUUGCAAAAUUUUAGAGCGAGAGCUCCGAUCUUUGCAAUGAAAAAAAAUAAUAAUAAUUUAAUUGAUCUAUGCUAUGAAACAGAAAUUAAUAACUUAACAAAUGAAGAACAAUCUAAAACAGUAUGUUUGUAA